UACCCUAUUUGUAGAAUCAUUAUAGCCUGGUUGUUUUAUUCUUUUCUUUUUUAUAAUGUAUCCUUUUGUUUAGGGGUGAGCAAGGGUAUUUUGCCAUUUAAUGAAAAACAUUUUAGAUCAUUCUGAAUUAUAUUAAAUUACUAUUGAAAAGAGCAUAGCUACUUGGGAGCAUGGUUUCUCAUAUAAUGAAUUAAGAUUACAGCAAAAAAGUGGGCUUUUGCAUUAGGAGGAGAAUCCAUCUGUCAAAAUUUUUACAUUGUGAUUUCUUCAUUGAUAUAUUCAACAAAUAUUUAUUGAGCAUCUGCCAUGUGCCUGGGACUAGCUGUUGAAGAAUAUCAAAAUAAAAAGUUCUGGAACUCAAGGAUGACACAGAAAAGAAAUAAGUAAGCAUGCUCUACCAGAUGGUGAUCAAUGAAGCAUGCUCAGAGCUAAAGAAGUGUUCUCAUAUGCAUUUUCCUGUAGUUUAAAAGGUUAAAAUAUAACUCUCUGACUUCAUGUAGAAAGAAUAUGUAAACUGCAAUGAACUAGUAGCUUUUUUCUGUGAUGUGAUUAAUCAAUAAGAACCACAAUUUUGGUAUAUAGGCUGUCUAGAAUCUGAAAGAAAAUCUAGAGGAAUUCAUUCAUUUUUGCUGAGAGAAUUUAAAGGAAUCAUAUAGCUUGACUCUUAUUUUUACAAGAUGACUGAUCACUAAUAAGUCUUCUUUCACCUCUCAGUUCUCCAGAACAUCCCCACAAGACUAUAGGUUCUGGAAGAUAAAAGCCAUGUCUGGGUUGUUUACUAAUGUAGUUCAGAACCUAGUACAUUAUAUCAAUAAUAUAUCUUUGAAUGAAUAAAUAAUUUUAAUUGCAUGGUUUUCUGAUUACAUCAUAUCCCAAAAACAUUUCCAAAACUCCCAAAAGAACUGGUAUUACUAGAUAGAUAGAUGAUUGGGAUUACUAGAUUUACUAUAGGUACAUACAAAUGGAGAAUGCAAUUGUAGCAAAUUUUUUCGAAGACAACGCAUGGUGGCGCUGCAGGCUAAGGCGAAGAAACAGAAAAAGCAAAAAAAAAAAAAGAGCCCAGGAAAUCCAACUAAUCCAACCUCAGAUCGCUAGAGGAGGAGAAAAGCCUGUAAGGGAGCGGAGGACCAGUGUCCAGAGAAUGCUACUCAGCAACAUUUCAGGACAGAUUGCCAACGGAGAGAUCCAUCCCUAUCGCAGCCCCAUUGCUCCCUAAGGUAGAGCUGGGCCCGGUUCCUGGAAAGGUGUUUGAUAAAGAUGGAGGUCGGAGGGGAGCGCUUUCCUAAACAAAGGCAAGUCCUGGUUCUUUUUCUUUUGGCGGGAGUGGCCGUGGCAGGAUGGGAAUCCCGUCGCUAUUCCGUGAUGGAGGAAACAGAGGGCGGCUCCGUUGUGGCCAACUUGGCCAAGGACCUGGGGCUGGGAGCGGGAGAGCUAGCUGCGCGGGGAGCCCGGGUGGUCACUGAAGAUAAGGAACCCCGGUUGCAGCUUGAUCUGCAGACCGGGGACUUGAUAUUAAAUGAGAAACUGGACCGGGAGGAGAUGUGUGGCUCCACUGACCCGUGUGUGAUGCAUUUCCAAGUGUUACUGAAAAACCCACUGGGAGUAUUUCGAGCAGAGCUCCUGGUGAGAGACAUAAAUGAUCAUUCUCCUGAGUUUCCUGAAAGAGAAAUGACGCUGAGAAUCCCAGAGACUAGCCCUCCUGGGACCGUGUUUCCUCUGAAAAAAGCCCAGGAUUUGGACGUGGGCAACAACAACAUCCAGAACUACAGCAUCAGCCCCAGCUCCCAUUUCCAUGUUUCCACCCGGGACCGGGGGGACGGCAGGAAAUACCCCGAGCUGGUGCUGGACCAGGAGCUGGAUCGUGAGGAGCAGGCCCAGCUCAGAUUAACCCUCACAGCCCUGGAUGGCGGCUCUCCACCCCUGUCCGGCACCGCCCAGGUGCACAUCUUGGUCUUGGAUGCCAAUGACAACGCCCCUGAGUUUGCACAGUCGCUCUACCAAGUGCAGGUCCCUGAGAACAGCCCCGUAGGUUCCCUAGUUGUCAAGGUUUCUGCUAGAGAUUUAGACACUGGGACAAACGGAGAGAUAUCAUACGCCCUUUCUUAUAGUUCUCAGGAGAUAAGCAAAACUUUUGAAGUCAACAGCCUUUCAGGAGAAAUUCGGCUAAUUAAAAAACUAGAUUUUGAGACAAUAUCCGCAUAUGAGCUGGAUAUAGAUGCCUCUGAUGGCGGGGGCCUUUCAGGAAAAUGUUCUGUCUCCAUCGAGGUGGUGGAUGUUAACGAUAACUCCCCAGAACUCACUGUUUCCUCACUUACCAGCCCCAUUCCCGAAAAUUCCCCCGAGAGGGAAGUGGCCCUGUUUCAGAUUCGAGACCGAGACUCCGGGGACAACGGAAGGAUGACUUGCUCCAUCCAGGAGGAUCUCCCCUUCCUCCUGAAGCCGACUGAAGGGAAUUUCUACACCCUGGUAACCAAUGGGGCCCUGGACAGGGAGAGCAGAGCCGAGUACAACGUCACCAUCACCGUCACCGACUUGGGGACCCCCAGGCUGGAAACCCAGCACAACAUCACCCUGCUGGUGUCCGACGUCAACGACAACGCCCCCGCCUUCACCCAAACCGCCUACACCCUGUUCCUCCGCGAGAACAACAGCCCCGCCCUGCACAUCGGCAGCGUCAGCGCCACAGACAGCGACGCGGGCGCCAACGCCCAGCUCACCUACUCACUGCUGCCGCCCCACGACCCGCGCCUGCCCCUGGCCUCGCUCGUGUCCAUCAACGCGGACAACGGCCGCCUGUUCGCCCUGAGGGCGCUGGACUUCGAGGCGCUGCCGGCGUUCGAGUUCCGCGUGGGCGCCACGGACCGCGGGUCCCCCGCGCUGAGCAGCCAGGCGCUGGUGCGCGUGCAGGUGCUGGACGCCAACGACCACGCGCCCUUCGUGCUGUACCCGCUGCAGAACGGCUCCGCGCCCUGCACCGAGCUGGUGCCCAGGGCGGCCGAGCCGGGCUACCUGGUGAGCAAGGUGGUGGCGGUGGACGCGGACUCGGGCCAGAACGCCUGGCUGUCGUUCCAGCUGCUCAAGGCCACGGAGCCCGGGCUGUUCGGCGUGUGGGCGCAUGGCGCUCGGCCUGAGGGCCCCUUUCCGGGCCGCCUGGUGGACGUCAGCGGCACCGGGACCCUGUCCCAGAGCUACCAGUAUGAGGUGUGUCUGACGGGAGACCCUGGGAGUAAUGAGUUCAAAUUCUUGAAGCCUGUCUUCCCCAAUAUUCUAGGCCAGGACAUUGGGAGGAAGGCAGAGGGAAAUCCUACAUUCCAUGAUAGCUUAGGUAUCUGAAACUUUCCACUUGCACCAUUAGUUGUUGUCUCCUUUAUCUUUCCUUCAUUUUUUUAAUGCAGUAAUAGCCUGUAGUUCUACUUGUUUUUCUUUUUCUGU